UACAUAUAGGAAAUAUACAAAAUGCAAUUUGAAAGUAAGUGCAAACACUUGUGUAUAGAUCGAUUAUCUCAACUAUCUUUUAAUGAUUUAAUGAACUUUUACGGCGAUAUAAUCAAAUGUCAUUUUAUUUAUUUUAGUGGUGAACAUGACUUGCACAAUGUAAAUUUCUUUACUAAGAAAUUCUAACAGUUUGCACGUGAAAUUGCAAGAAUCGUCACCAUGGUCGAUACUGUAGAAAAAGUUCUUAAUCCUGUUCUUUUAACGACUUUUUUUUUAGGUUUCGGAAUUCUUAGAUAUCCCUCAAACAUAUCAAGAUAUCGCUUGAGCAUUUUCUAUAUAUUAACUGUAUGGAGUGUUUAUGCUUACGCAUUAUAUUAUAUAACGUCUUCCAUAAAAAAUGUAUUCAAUAGUCCAUUAGUUUUCUUUAUAAUGAUAGUAAAUUUAUUUGUGGCUAUGAUAUCAAUAAUUAUCGCCAUUUGCGAACACAAGAAACAUCGACAGUGUAUGAAAAAACUCAGCCUUGUAGAUGAUACAUUGGAAAAACUUGGGACAGCAAAAGAAUAUCAUAGAAUGCAAAAUUUGACAAGACAGAUCUUAAUUAUGUGGUUUUUAAUAACCUGCAUAUCAUCGAUUUUCGAUUCUUUCCUAUGCAUGACAGUGCAUGAUGAUAUAAAAGCCAUACUUAUCCCUUACAUUCUGAAUUAUUCUGUAUACGCUAACACACUUACAGAUAUAAAGUUUGUACUUCUUCUACGAUAUAUUGGUAUUAGACUGGACAAUAUAAAUGAUCAUAUUCAACAAUUAUCAGAAACGGAAAAUUUAAAAUGCAAAAAUCUAAAAACUGCUAAAAAUCGUAAACAUGUUUUAUGGAUCGCAAUGUAAGUUACAAAUUUUCUACAUAAUACAAAAACAAAUAUACUUUUAUUUGUUUUAUGAAAUAAUAAACUUUCUAAUAGAGUUCAUCGUGUUAAUCUGAUUAACUUACAAUACAAAUACGAUGCACAUAAUACAGGGUAAAAACACGUAAUAAAGAAAACUUGAUUUUAAGAUUGCUAAAAAUAAAGAUUUUUUUUUUUAAUAUAUAAAACAAAUGUCAAAUUAUGACAAAAUUA